AUAUCACGAUCCAGAAGUCAGUGUUGGCUCAGUUUGGGUCCGUGCGAUACGCGUGCUUACUUUGUUCAGUUAAAUUGUCUACGUUUACGUCUUCGACCAACAUAUAUACGUUUACUUUUACUUCAACGACAAGAUUUCGUAACGAAACAUGAACUUCAAAUUAAAUACAAAAUUGUUUACAACGCUAAUAAGACAAAUUCCGCGAAACGGACGCUUUAAAAGACACUUAGGCAUCGCUACACCACGAUACGACCAAUGUCCAGGACCUCUGACUCAAUUCACGGAGGACGAGCUCCUAAUGAAACAAACUGUGAAUAAAUUGGCACAGGAAGAAAUUACUCCGCUCGUGCGCGAAAUGGAUAAGAAAGGCAAGAUUGAUGAAGGAUUGUUGCAAAAACUCUUCGAGAAUGGUUUAAUGGGCAUCCAGAUUCCCGAAAAAUAUGGUGGUUCUGGAUGUAAUUUCAUGUCUAUGAUCUUAGCGGUCGAAGAAGUGGCAAAAGCUGAUGGGUCUGUCGCGGCAUUGGUCGACAUUCACAAUACCUUGGUAAAUUCAUUGAUCUCGAAAGUUGCUACGGAAGAACAAAAAGCAAAAUAUUUGCCACGAUUAGCACAAACUUACGCGGGUAGCUUUUGCCUUACGGAGCCUGGAUCAGGAUCCGACGCGUUUUCCUUAAAAACUGUAGCAAAAAAGAAUGGAUCCCACUACUUGAUAAAUGGUACAAAAAUGUGGAUUUCAAAUUCAGACAUUGCCGAAUUAUUUAUAGUUUUUGCGAACGCGAAUCCAUCUAACGGAUACCGUGGCAUUACCACGUUCUUUGUGGAGCGAGAUACACCCGGACUGACGGUUGCCAAGCCGGAAGAUAAACUAGGAAUAAAGGCAUCCGGUACCUGCAUGGUUCAUUUUGAUAAUGUUCAAGUUCCAGAAUCGAAUAUCUUAGGAGAGUACGGCCAUGGUUACAAGUACGCGGCUGGAUUCCUCAACGAAGGUCGAAUCGGUAUCGGUGCUCAAAUGAUAGGUAUCGCACAAGGAUGCGUGGAUGCUACCAUACCAUACACCUUGGAAAGAAAGCAAUUUGGCAAAGAUAUUUUUUCAUUUCAAUCGAUGCAACAUCAAAUUGCGCAAGUGGUUACCGAACUCGAGUGUGCCAGGUUAUUGGUUUACAAUGCUGCCAGAUUAGUUGAUGCGGGAAAGGACGUUAUAAAAGAAGCUGCCAUGGCGAAACUUGUUGCAUCGGAAACAGCUCUACGCGUUACUGCAAAAUGCAUCGAUUUCAUGGGCGGAGUAGGAUUUACGACAGACUUUCCUCAAGAAAAAUACUUCAGAGAUUCCAAAAUUGGUACCAUUUACGAAGGUACAAGUAACAUGCAGCUAUCAACUAUAGCCAAGUGUAUUCGUAAAGAAUAUUCAUGAAAACAUUCAUAAGAAUAUUCCAGAGGAUAUUCAUGAAUUAAUCAUUAUCGCCGGUUCUAGUUUUAUUUUUCUACUUCACAUUUUAUAUUAUACAUCCUUUUAUAUUUUAUAUUAUACAUCCUUUUAUAUUUUAUAUUAUAUAUCCUACUGUUUUCUUACUGUUUUGUACUGCCUUGAACGAUCCUAACGAUCAAUAAACAUAUAUUUUGUUCAUAA